ACGUCAUCUGCUAGUUUCCGCGCUUUUGGGCCUUGGUGUUCAAUAACUCAGUCCCACGAAACAGCCCUUCUCUUGUCAAUGUGACUCUACGGCUGCUCGUGCACAUUUGCUAUCAUACACCAUGAGAAUCGUUCUACUUGUGGUAUCGGUUCUCGCAGUCUCCGGUGAUUCGGGAGUUAGUAACAACCAGCCAUAUUCGACGCGGAUGAUCCGGAGCAUAAUCGGCCGAAACCAAGGCAUCGUCUCAUCCGGAGCAUCAACAAGCACUCUAGAGUCCGGCAUUCUCGCCCUCUCACUCGAGGCAUGGCUGAAGCAGUACCCGACGGCAGAGUUCGCACCGCAAGUCUCGGACUACCUAAAUCAGGUUCUCCAGAUCAUAAUACCCUCCUUCGCCAACGCAAGCUCCUCCGCUAGCCUGCCCCUCGACCGCCUCACGGUCGGCCAGGCCCUGCACAGCCUCGAGCCGCGCCUCACCGAGGCCGAGUCGGCGAGCCUCGCGACGCUGAACUCGUCGCUCACCAUCCAGCGGCGCAACCCGUACGGCGGGUUCUGGUACUACGUCUACCCAGAAUGGUCGUAUCUCGACGGCGCCGUCUCGUUCCUGCCCUUCAUGGCCGCCGAGCCCGGAUGGAACGCGGUGGACAUGCUCAACCAGAUCGAGCUCCUGCACGAGCACUGCCGGGACACGGACGGGUCCGGCCUGCUCGUGCACGGGUACGACGCGUCGCGGACCGCGGUUUGGGCUGACCCUGUGACGGGCGGGAGCCCGUUUGUGUGGGGGCGGUCGCUGGGGUGGUACCUGGCCGGGCUGGUGAAUGCGUGGGAGGCGCUCCCGGCAGAGGAAUGCAACGACGGCGACGGCGAUAAAGAGGACGACGACGCUCUACUCCUCCUCCGGGCCUCCAUCCAGAACCAGACGAAGGCCCUGUUUGCUGCGCUGGUUCCCUUCGCGGACAAGGACACCGGAGCAUGGUGGCAGCUUCCGACGUUCCCGGGCCGCGAGGGCAACUUCCUGGAGAGCUCGUCGACGGCGCUCUUCGUCUUCUCCUUGCUGAAGGGCGCGCGCAUGGGCGUCGUCCCGGGGGGCAGGGGCAAGGGCGGCGCGGUGGCGUUGGCGGCGCUGCGGGCGUACAACUACACGCUGGACAGCUUUGUCGUGCGCUACGGCGACGGCACGCUGGGCUUCAAUGGCACCGUGGCUGUUUGCAGCCUCAACUCGACGGCGACGUACGAGUACUACACCUCGCGGCCCAUUGUGCCCGACAGUUUGCUGGGCGAGGCGGCGUUUGUGCUGGCAAGCUUGGAGGUGGAGCGAUUGGAAUGACAGAUGUGGUGGGGAGCGCGGACUAGGCUCGGGGUAGUAAUUAAUGAUCCAGGGCAUUUACAAAAUAAUCUAUUGGUAAUUAAUAAUGUUUAUAGUAUCUGGAUUUGGAAUAACAAAU